AUGGUGCAACCUCGUCUCGACCUCCGCGGCCGCCGCCGACUCGUGCUGCUCCUCUCGUCGGUGGCCGCCAGCUGGAUGCUCGCCGCCGCCGCGGCGGUGGCGCUCCCGGGCUGCCAGUCGCGGUGCGGCGACGUGGACGUCCCGUACCCGUUCGGGAUCGGCCGGGGCUGCGCGAUCCACGGCGGCUUCGAGCUCAGCUGCACGUCGGCCGCCACGGGGGCGGCCGCCGGCACGAGCAAGCUGCGGCUGCUCGCGGCAGCGACGUCGUCGCCGCCGCCGGAGGUGACGAGGAUCUCCGAGCGCGACGGCAAGGUGUGGGUUAAGAGCACCAUCGCCACGCAGUGCUACAACGCGACCACGGGCCGUCUCGAGUCCACGACCGCGUCAGCCAACUUCAGCUCCCCGUUCUUCUCCCUCUCGCCUGUCGACAACAAGAUCGUUGUCAUCGGGUGCAGAAGCCUCGGCUACAUGCAGAGUGACACUUACGCCGUCGGCUGCUCAGCGACGUGCGGCGCCGACAAGAUCCCGGCGAACGGCUCCUGCUCCGGCGCCGGCUGCUGCCAGGCGGACGUCCCGAGAGGGGUGCGCAGCUACGUGAGCUUCUUCAACGACAACUACAACGCCUCCGCGAUAUGGCGGAACACGCCGUGCAACUACGUCGCGCUGAUGGAGGCCGCCGCCUUCCGCUUCAGCACCGGCUACCUCACCACCACGGCGUUCGCCGACAGGUACGCCGGGAACCUCCCCGUCGUCGUGGACUGGGUGGUCUCGCCCCAGAAAUGCAGCGAAGCCAGAGGCGGCGACCGUAUCAGUGCGUACGCGUGCGUCAGCAGCAACAGUGAGUGCGUCGACGGCGAACUGGGCUACCGAUGCAGGUGCUCCAAGGGAUACGGUGGCAACCCGUACAUCACGGGUGGAUGUACAGAUAUUGACGAGUGCCAUGAUAAUGUUACUUAUCCAUGUGCUGGAAUAUGCAAAAACACAUUGGGGAGUUUUGAAUGCUCAUGCCCAAAAGGAAAACAUAUGAUGCAGGGUGGUUACUGCAUGGUAAAUGACAGACCAGUUUGGGUGAUGCCUCUUGUUGGUGCUAGUGCUGGAGUUGUCAUCCUUGUGAUUUUCAUCACUUGUUCGUACUUAUUUCGAGAAAGACAUAAGCUGCAUAAAAUGAAAAAGAAGUACUUUCGACAACAUGGUGGCAUGCUGCUUUUCGAGGAGAUGAAAUCACAGCAAGGUGUGGCAUUCAAAAUAUUCUCGGAAGAAGAGCUACGACAAGCCACAAACAAGUUUCACGAACAACAUAUACUUGGUCAUGGAGGCCAUGGAAUAGUCUAUAAGGGAGUAUUGAAGGGUGGUGAUGUAGUAGCUAUCAAAAAAUGCACGACAAUUGAUGAGCAACAGAAGAAAGAAUUUGGCAGGGAGAUGUUAAUCCUUUCCCAGAUAAAUCAUAGGAAUAUUGUUAAGCUACUAGGUUGUUGCCUCGAAGUUGAAGUCCCAAUUCUGGUCUAUGAAUAUAUUCCAAAUGGCACAUUGUUCCAUCUCAUCCAUGGCGACCAUGGCUGUCAUAUUUCUUUGAAGACUCGUCUACGGAUCGCUCAUGAGUCUGCUGAGGCACUUUCCUACCUCCAUUCAUGUGCAUCCCCACCAAUCCUUCAUGGCGACGUGAAGUCCACCAACAUCCUCCUAGGUGGUGAUUACACGGUGAAAGUUUCUGAUUUUGGUGCUUCAAUACUUGCUCCGACCGAUGAAGCACAGUUUGUCACACUCGUUCAAGGAACUUGUGGUUAUCUUGACCCAGAAUAUAUGCAGACAUGCCAAUUAACAGAAAAAAGUGAUGUAUAUAGCUUCGGUGUCGUUCUUUUGGAGUUGCUCACUCGCAAGAAGGCUUUCAACCUCGAAGGUCCGGAACAUGAGAAGAGUUUGUCGAUGUGGUUUCUGUCCAUGAUGAAGGAAAACAAACUUAUGGACAUCUUGGAUGAUCAAAUUAAGAAUGACGAAAAUAUAGAGCAUCUUGAAGAGAUCGCAGAGUUAGCAAAAAAGUGCCUGGAGAUGUGUGGUGAGGAUAGGCCAUUAAUGAAGGAAGUUGUAGAGAAGAUUGACAAGUUGAGAAAGGUCAUGGAACAUCCAUGGGAGCAACAGAAUCGUGAAGAUUUAGAUGAUUUGCUCGGGGAGUGGUCGGCACAAGGGAUUGUGGAUACUGGGAACUUCAGCAUUGAGAAGGAAGUUGUUAAUGGCUUAAAAUUAGGGCGUUAGUUUUUGUUGAAGACAUAUUUUAUACAACAUCAUAAUAUAUGUAAUUAUUCCUACUCAAUACUUUCAUGUGUAACUGUAUGGUAUUGAUUUUUCCCUAA